AUGGCAUCCAAUCCACGGCCAUCAGAUAACAAUCCUCCUCUGAAACCUUGGGAGCGAGCUGGUGGUUCUUCUGGUGCUACACCUUUUAAACCACCAUCAGCUGGCAGCACAAGUGAUGUCGUUGACGCUUCAGGAACUGCAAGACCCGGAGAAAUUGUUCAAAGUUCGGGCAAUACCACAAACAACAUAAAUGCUGUUGGUAGGCCUGUUCCUUCAAGACCUUGGGAGCAGAACUAUAGCACGAGCAACUAUGGAGGUUAUAAUUCCACUCUGAACUAUAAUUCUGGAUAUGGCUCAGGAAUGUAUGGUUCAUCAUACGGUGGGAUUGGAGGAUCAUAUGGUGGGGUUGGAGGAUCAUAUGGUGGAGGUAUGUAUGGAAACAACAUGUAUCGAGGAGGGUAUGGUGGACUUUAUGGUUCUGGGAUGUAUGGCGGUGGAAUGUACAAUAGUGGUUUAGGAGGCACAAUGGGUGGUUAUGGAAUGGGCAUGGGUGGUCCUUAUGGAGCUCAAGACCCUAAUAAUCCAUUUGGCGAACCUCCAUCCCCACCAGGGUUUUGGAUUUCAUUUCUUCGAGUGCUGCAAGGCGUGGUGAACUUUUUUGGCCGCCUAUCGAUUCUCAUUGACCAGAACACACAGGCUUUUCACAUGUUCAUGACUGCACUUCUUCAGCUUUUCGAUCGCUCUGGUAUGUUGUAUGGAGAGUUGGCUAGAUUUGUAUUGAGGCUGCUAGGGAUCAAAACAAAGCCCAGAAAGGUCAACCCACAGGGUCCUAAUGGACAUCCUCAUCCAGGGCUAGAAGGUACCGGCGCAAACCCACUCUACAUAGAAGGACCAAAGCCUGCUCCAAGUGGUUCUUGGGACAAUGUUUGGGCAAAUGAUGCUGGCAAAUGA